AAGCCAGAUGAAAAACGCAGCGUUUUUGUUGUUGUUCUUCUUCUUCUUCUUCUUCUUCUUCUUCUUCGCUUUAAUUGUUUGUUCUCUCUCUCAGUGGAGAAGAAGAAGACUCGAGUCAUCAUCUGCAAUAAAGAUAUAGGGAUUUGUUGGGAAAAAUCUUAGAGCUAUGGAGGCGAAUGCGGCGGUGGACGGAACGGGGAAUCCGAUCCCGACAUCGGCGGUUUUAACAGCGUCGGCGAAGCAUAUUGGAAUCAGGUGUAUGCAAGAAAACAUGGCGUUCUUGAAAUGCAAGAAGAACGAUCCUAACCCAGAGAAGUGUCUCGAGAAGGGUCGUGAAGUCACUCGCUGUGUUCUUGGCCUGCUGAAGGAUCUUCACCAGAGAUGCCCCAAGGAGAUGGAUGCUUACGUUGGAUGCAUGUAUUAUUACACCAACGAGUUUGAUUUGUGUAGGAAAGAGCAAGAAGCCUUCGAAAAAGCGUGUCCGUUGAAAUGAGAAGUCAAGUUUAUUGUCUCCUAACUAAUAAUAAGCAAUUGUUUUAUUUUCAGUCUUGAGCUUUACUCUAAUGAUCACACUCUUCCAUCGCUGCUUCGUUUCCUUUUCUGGUAGUGCGAAGACCAUUAUUAAAUCAUGUCUUGUGUUUCUUAAUUAUCUUAAAACAUGACCGAGUUAAUUUGUAGAGGCAUUUGACUCUCUUCAGGUA